AUGGUGGUGAUCCAUAAAAAAACAUGCUCUAACUUGCAGAAAAAAAUGGUGGUUUGCCUAGUUACCACCGACCAUAUUCGUCAGUUACUUAAUCAUUCUUGUUAAAUAGGAACAAUCCUUUUUAGGGUUCAUGAAGCUUGAAGCUUUCCCUUGUUUAAUUAACUUUCAAUUAACCAGACAAAUAUUCACUAAUCAAAGGAUUUACUAAUCCACCAUUUUUGUUCAUGGCAUCAUCAUCACCAUCGUUGUUAUGGAUUUUCCAAGGGAUGUAUGCCAUUUCUUUGGUUUCAUUUUUGUCACAGUUUCCUGUGAAUAAUGCUCAUAUGGAGGAUUAUUUGCACAAUGCAUUGCACCCUGAAGAGUUGGAAGUCAAGAGAUCUGACUUCCCUACAGAUUUUGUGUUCGGGGUCUCUACUUCUGCCGGACAAAUAGAGGGCUCAGCAUAUGAAGCAGGAAGAGGACCCAGUGUUUGGGACAACUUCAUUGAGCAAAAUCCAGAAAUGAUUUCUGACCACUCUAACUUGUUGAUCGCCAUCGAUUCAUAUAAUCGUUACAAGGAAGAUGUGAAGGCUAUAAAAGACCUCGGAGUCGAUUUCUACAGGCUCUCCAUCUCAUGGACUAGGAUUCUUCCUAAUGGAACCUUGAGUGGAGGAAUAAACCAAGCAGGUAUCGAUUACUACAAUAACCUGAUUGAUGAAGUUAUCAAGAAUGGCAUCACACCCUAUGUGACCAUAUUCCACUUUGACUCACCGCAAGCCUUAGAGGACAAGUAUGGAGGCCUUUUAAAUCGUUCUUUCGUGAAAGAUUUCACAGAUUAUUGUGAAAUUUGUUUCAAACACUUUGGAGAUAGGGUCAAAAACUGGAUUACAAUCAAUGAACCGCAUAUAAUUGCCGAAAUGGGGUAUGAUCGUGGGAUUGCUCCACCAGGAAGGUGUUCGGUGCCAUCAAUUGUUCCAUGUACAAGUGGAAAUUCAGCUACUGAGCCUUAUAUUGUGAGCCACAACAUUCUUCUCGCCCAUGCCACAGCUGUUAAACUCUAUCGAGAAAAGUUUCAACAAGAACAAGGCGGACAAAUUGGAAUUAGUCUUGUAGGGGACUAUGUCGAGCCUCAUUCAGAAUCACCAGAAGACAAAGCAGCAGCGAGACGAAUAUUGGACUUUAAACUUGGAUGGUACAUGGAACCAUUAGUGUAUGGCGUUUAUCCGAAAAGUAUGAGAACUUUGGUGAAGAAAAGACUGCCCAAGUUCACCAAAGAAGAGAAUAAAUUGGUCAAGGGAUCUUUUGAUUUUAUUGGGAUCAAUUACUAUACUUCAAGGUAUGGUAAAAGCAACCCAACAAUCAGUUCAAAUGAACCAAUGUGCUACCACAACGAUGCUUCGGCUUCGUCAUUGGUUGAAAAUGCGGAUGGAGAUGAAAUUGGUCCUCAUGCUCACAUAGGUUCAGUCAUCUAUACUUAUCCACAAGGUUUGGAGAAACUUUUGGUGUUCAUAAAACAAAAUUAUCAAAGCCCUAAAAUCUACAUUUCUGAAAACGGAAUCAGUGAGGUGGAGGAGGAGAGCAACGGGCUUGACGGAGCACUAAAGGAUCCACAUAGGAUUCAAAGUAUUCUCAGGCACUUGUUUUGGCUAAAGAAGGCAAUAGACAAGGGCGUGAACGUGAAAGGAUAUUUCAUCUGGACACCAUUCGAUAACUUUGAAUGGUCCUACGGCUUUACCCAGAAAUUCGGUCUUUACUAUGUCGAUCACAAAGACAAUCUCAAGCGCAUUCCUAAAGUUUCUGCCAAGUGGCUCCCUAAAUUCCUGAAUAGUGAGGAUCAACUCAAGCUUAGACGCGAUGUUUUGCCAACUCUCCUGAGCACCAUCUUAUAGGUGCAUGUAUAUUAACAUCUCAAGAAGAGGCCAGGGAGGAAACCAUCAGAUCAGCCAUUUUAUAUUUGCGAACCUGUUAGAAAAAAACCCUCAACUCCUCUCUCUCUCUCUCUCUCUCUCUCUCUCUCUCUCUCUCGGCUAGUAACCAACCCUUCCUCUCUCUGAACCGCUUUCAAAAGUCAUUUUUUUUCCUUCGAAAAUAUAUUUUAUCUUAGAAGUUAAGUAAAUAACAGAUGACAAUAAUGUAAUAAUGUAUAUAUGUAUCUUUGAGUAAUGGCGGAUAUCGUAGGUGGGAUGAUUUUGAGCUAAUCUGAUUCUCUAAUAUUUUAGCAUGACAUGUAAACGUUACUGUUCGUAUGUAAUUAAAUAACUUUCCUUGACCAAAAAAGAUGUUUAGAUUUGGUCACAAGUGAUAUUGGUGUACUCUACUAUACACAUGCCCUCAAAUUCAUUUCCGAAUGAUAUGUGUGUGUGUUGGUGUAUAUUCCGCAUAGACAAAUACAUUUAUUGUAUUAUUAUUCUAAUA